ACCCUAACUGUCUGAUUGCCGGGAGGGUUUUGGCAAUUUUAGAGACUGUUAACAAUGGCGAAGAGAGGAAGGCAUCAAACGAAGGUGGAUAACAGAAAUCAUAAGCGAAUUUCUCGUGGCGAAUAUGUUGACCCGCAAGAUAUGGACGAUGAUAUCGAUACUUUUCAUAAACAGCGGGAUAUUAUUCCACUUGAUAUAAAUGAUGAUAGUGAGGAGGAAUCAAUUGAGGAUGAGGAGGAACCCGUUUUGGAUUAUGAGGAUAUCAAUGAUGAUGAUGAUGAUGAUGAUGAUGAUGAUGGCGAAGAUGCUGGUGAUGAUGAAGAUGGAGAUGAUGAUGAUGAUGAUGAUGAAGAUGAGAAAGGAUUAGCUGCAAAAAUCAGAAGGCAAAGGAAAUAUAUCCGAGAAAAGUUUGGUGCAUUGGAUGAUGAAAUAGAUGGCGAUGAGGAAGAAAAGGAGGAAAACAAGGAAAUAUGGGGUGGGAAAAAGGGCCAGUAUUAUGGUGGUCGUGAAUAUGAGAUGGAAUCAAGUGAUGAUGAGGCUUAUAAAGAAGAAGAAGAAGAGAUUUUGAGGAUACAGAGGAAAAAGGCAGGUUUUUUUAAAGCUGAAGACUAUGGCCUUGAAAAUGUUGGUGAAGACGAGACUGAUAAAGAGUUAACAUUGAAGGAAACUUCUGUUAAAGGUUCAUUGAUCCAAGAAGUAAUGGAUAACGUGGAUACGUUUGAGGAGCUGAAAAAAAAAUUGAAUUCUUUGUCUAGAGAGGAGAAAAUGAACGUUGUCUACAGCUCUGCGCCAGAAUUAAUAGGUUUGCUUUCUGAGCUAAAUGAUGCACUUGAACAGCUUGAAAGCAGAGUUAAUCCACUUUUAGCAAAGGUUAAUAUGGCUGGAGUCACUUUGAAAGGUGGAAAGCGCUAUUUGGAGGUGCAGCAGCUUCUUUUAUUGGCAUACUGCCAAGCCAUAACUUUCUAUCUUCUUCUCAAAUCUGAAGGGCAGUCAGUUCGUGAUCAUCCUGUCAUAGCCCGUCUUGUAGAGAUCAAGGGCUUAUUAGAUAAGAUGAAACAACUUGAUGGGAAUCUUUCAUCACAACUAGAGGAAAUGCUGAAUGAAAAUCACGAGGCUGAAGCAGGUGAAAAUAAAGUCACUGAGAAUGCCGCAACUGCUUCCAUAUCUGUAUCUGUCGGGAAAGGUCACAACUCUUCUCUUGCCACAGCUGAAGCUGAUGCACAAGAACCGGCAGAGCCUUCUGGCACGUCUGAAUUGUUGAAAGCAGAAUUUUCAAGGGAACGAGAGAAUAAAGAGAAGAAACAUAAACAUAAGACUGAUCAAGUCGGUGUACAAAGUAUGGAAAUGUUAAAAGUGAGAGCUGCACUUGAAGAAAAAUUGAAGCAGAAGGGAGUUUUUAGUUCCAUUGCUCCAAAGCUUGAUAAAGCUCGGAAGCAUCCAAAAUCAGUGAAUGGACAACUUGAAACACAUGAUGAUUUUGAUGACGAUGCUUUGCAUAUUGAGAGAGGCAAUCAUGGAUUAAGCAAUGGACAAACAAGCCUGCUGGGUUUAAGUAAACUCUCGCAACUUGUUUCUGUUAAACAAAAUAAAUCAAAGGUCAUUUCUGGUGAUGAUGAUUUACCUAAGAGAGAUGAUAUUGGAGAAAGAAGAAGGAAACAUGAGCUUCGAGUGUUGACAAGUGCUGGAGUUAAGUCUGAGGAUGAUGCUGAGCAUGAACCUGGCACACCUGAGAGUUAUGAAGCCUCCGACAUGGAGGAGGAUGGUGAUGAAGAAGUUUCAGAAGAUGAAUUCUACAAAGAAAUACAACUAAAGAAGGAAGCAAAAGAUGCUGCCAAAGCUAAAAACUACACAAGGACCUCUGCAGUUCCAUCUUUGCCUGAAACUGUGGAUGGAAAACGACAAAUCACUCGUCAGAUUGAGAAGAACAGAGGUCUUACUCGUCCAAGGAGAAAAGACAUGAAAAAUCCAAGGAAGAAAUACAGGACAAAGCAUGAUAAACAAAAGAAACGACGGCAAGGCCAAGUACAGAAGAUUAAGAAACCUACUGGUUCUUAUGGUGGUGAAACAACUGGAAUCAAUGCAUCAAUCAGUCGAAGCGUUAGAUUUUGAAAUCGAGUUCUCUGUUGCUUUUGAUCAGCUCAUUCUGCUCAACAAUCAGAAAAUGUGUUGGAUGAUGUCUAAUAGCGGCGUUGCUUCUGAUCAACCAAUUCUGUUCAACAUGACCAGAUUUUAAGGAAAAGCCGACUUGGGUGGUUUCAGUUGCAGUUGCCAUGUACCAGAACCCUUUAAAAUCAUAAGUUUGUGUUAUGAUAUCAGAUUAUUUACUUAUGUCAAAGCUCCAAAAAUGGGUAUGGAAAUUUUGUUUCACUAUGUUCUUGUCUACUUAAAUUUAAGACAAAAGUAAUUGAACUUUAUCAUAUCCAUACCUAGAAGACUUUUUCUUCCCAA